UGAUUUUUUUGAAAAAAAAGUUACAAAAAGAUUUGUAAUUUGGAGACAUUAAGUCUAGCGCAACCAAAAAAAACUUGUGUAGCACCUUUCAAGUCCUCGAGAUUGACCCGAGCAUACUCCAGUCGGAGGUACAUUGUGAAUGUUGUUGUUGUAGUGAAGGAAACGCGUCAGCCAGUUUGUGCACAGUAAGCUCCCGCAAAUAAUCAUGUGAAAAUGAGCAAUUUUUCUUGCAAUGUUGAUUGAGCGAAAAAUGUUAGCUAAGACACUUAUUUGAAAUAGUGUUAUGGACAGCGUGGUGGUAUUCCUGCUGCAAAAAUAAACAUGAAGAGCUUUAGUGAACAUUAGCAACAGGAAAAGCGUUGUGCCUUUAAGUACGAGGCGGAGUGCGUAUCGGAGAGUCCCGCCCCUUCCCUUCGAUCUACGCAGUAUUGACAAGUGCUCGAAUCACAAGAGGUUAUACAGACACAUACAAACAGGACAAGCUCCGGCGGCGAUGGAGAUUGCAAGCAGCAGUAGCGGCCGCCGCCGAGGAUGGGGGGCUCCGGCCUGUGUCGUGAAGAAACCUGUGUUCGCCCUCAUUUGGUUGCUAAGCGUGUGGGCUCGGCAGUGCCGGGCGGACAGCGCCAUGGAGGAGAUCGCUACGGAGAAAGAGGCGGAAGAAAGCCACCGGCAAGACAGCGCUAAUCUGCUGCUCUUCAUCCUGCUCCUGACACUCACCAUCCUCACCAUCUGGCUCUUCAAACACCGGCGCUUUCGGUUUCUCCACGAGACUGGGUUGGCAAUGAUAUACGGACUCCUGGUGGGAGUGAUCCUCAGGUAUGGUAUCCCGUCCACGAAUGGUCGUGGCAAGGUUCCCAUUGGUUGUGCAUUGGACAACAGGGCAGUGACCACUCUACUGGUAAACGUCAGUGGAAAGUUUUAUGAAUAUUCCCUGAAAGGCGAAAUCAAUUCUGGGGAAAUAAACAACGUGGCACAAGAUGACAUGUUGAGAAAGGUAACCUUUGACCCAGAUGUUUUCUUCAACAUUUUGCUACCUCCAAUCAUAUUCUACGCAGGAUACAGCCUCAAAAAGAGACAUUUCUUCAGGAACCUUGGCUCUAUCCUUGCGUAUGCAUUUAUAGGAACUGCAGUGUCUUGCUUUGUCAUAGGAAACUUUAUGUAUGGAAUUGUGAAGCUGAUGUAUGCAAUAGGACAACUUGAAGAUGGAUUCUACUACACAGAUUGCCUGUUUUUUGGUGCCAUCAUAUCUGCUACUGAUCCAGUGACUGUUCUUGCCAUAUUUAAUGAGCUUCAAGUGGAUGUUGACCUGUACGCUCUGCUGUUUGGAGAAAGUGUGUUGAAUGAUGCUGUGGCCAUUGUGCUGUCAUCGUCAAUUGUUGCUUACCAACCUGCGGGUGAGAAUAGCCACACCUUCGAUGCAGCUGCUUUCUUCAAGUGUGUCGGUGUCUUUCUUGGAAUAUUCAGCGGCUCUUUUGCAAUGGGGGCAGUAACCGGAGUGCUGACUGCUCUGGUCACCAAAUUUACCAAACUGCACUGCUUCCCUCUCCUGGAGACCGCACUAUUUUUCUUGAUGUCGUGGAGCACCUUUCUCCUUGCAGAAGCAUGUGGCUUCACUGGUGUGGUUGCAGUUCUCUUCUGUGGAAUCACGCAAGCUCAUUAUACGUACAACAACUUGUCUGCAGAGUCAAGAGACAGAACAAAGCAGUUGUUUGAAGUUCUGAAUUUCUUGGCUGAAAACUUCAUAUUUUCCUACAUGGGUUUGGCGCUGUUUACAUUUCAGAAUCACAUCUUUAACCCCAUCUUCAUUCUGGGCGCCUUUAUUGCUAUUUUGCUGGGAAGAGCUGCCAACAUUUACCCACUGUCUUUUUUCCUAAACUUGGCCAGAAAGCACAAGAUUGGCUGGAAUUUCCAACACAUGAUGAUGAUUGCAGGUCUGAGAGGAGCCAUGGCCUUUGCCCUUGCCAUCCGAGACACCGCCACAUAUGCCAGACAAAUGAUGUUCACCACCACCCUCCUUAUUGUCUUUUUCACUGUCUGGGUCUUUGGUGGAGGCACCACGCCAACAUUGUCAUGGUUACGUAUUAGAGUUGGUGACCGGGUUCCUUCAGCAGAGGAUCUGGCUGAUGAUCACUGGAGCUACUUCAGAGUCGGAGUUGAUCCAGAUCAGGAUCCAGCUCCCAACACUGACAGUUUCCAAGUGAUGCACGGUGAUGGUGCACACCCUGAAAGGACCAGCAGAACAAAGCAGGAGAGUGCCUGGCUGUUCAGACUGUGGUACAGCUUUGAUCACAAUUAUCUGAAGCCAAUAUUAACGCACAGUGGCCCUCCACUCACUGCCACAUUACCCAAUUGGUGUGGUCCUAUAGCACGAUGCUUGACAAGUCCACUGGCUUACGAAAAUCAAGAACAGCUCAGAGACGAUGAUUCAGAUCUCAUCCUUAAUGAUGGUGACCUAAAUUUGACCUACGGUGGCAGCACUCUAACCGCCAAUGGCUCUUCCAGUUCAGGUACUGCCUCCAACAGUGUGGAUGGCAAGAGAACCAAGAGCAUCUCGGAAGAUGUACUGGAACGUGAUUUGGGAACAGAUGAUCAUGAACUUAUUUCUAGAGGCACCAGAUUAGUUUUUCCCUUGGAUGAUCAUGCAUGACUGCAAUGAUGUGAGCGAGCCACAGAAUAGCCCAAGAAGGAUCAAAGCCUAUUUUGUUCUUGGCAAUGAGACUGAACUGUUUACUUGUGUAAUUUUUUUUUCCUUGCUCUCCCCAAAAAUCUCUUGGCUCAGCUAUUUAAAGUGUGAGAAUGUGAAAACGUGUGGCAUUUCACUAAGCUUUUACUAAAGUAUGAAAUUGCCAUGACCCUUUAGUGUAUUACUAGUACCAUUGCUGUUGUAAUUACCUUUGUCGACUGACUGAUUAGUCUCAACACUGUGAUGCUUCACCUAAAGUCCCAGUUACAGUGCAUGCACAUUCCUGGUGCAAAGUGGCUGCACUGAAAUCGAAUCUGUCGUAUGAUGCUGCCAGUCUCAGAAAUUGCUGCCAUCAGCAUCAUGCACUAGCUGCCAUUAGUGUGCAGCUCAUUUCUACCUUCAACAUUCAAAGCAACACAAUGCAGGCAAUGUCUGUCGAUGCUGUAAUGCCAUUGCAUUUUUGAUAGUGGCAAAAAGAAGGUUAUCUCUUCGCUGCUCUAGGAAUGGCACCUGAAGUUGAUUGGUGAACAGAGCUCCUCGCAAAUAUUUCAAUAUAAAUGCGCUUGGGCCUUCUACUCCUCCCAAUGAUGUGAGCAUUUAAUUUGAAUGACAGUUACACUCAGCACUGUUAAAGUGGCAUCUUGUGUCGUUACAACAUAACUGACAGUGACUGACUAAGUCUUAGCGUAAGAUGAGGAAAGGCUUGUGAUGGGAUGUUUGUGAUGAAGGGGGCUGGGGUAAAGGAAAUAAAAUUUUAGUGAACUUUGAAAUUUAGUUACAGCCUCUGCAUGAUAUAGAGAAGGGACAGUAAGCUUACUCCAUUAAGUGAAGGCACAUUAUUUUCUUACGAGUGGUUUUGCUGUUGCAAAAACGUACCCGUGUGAUCACAUCUUUGUAUAGCUGUUGUAUCCCUUUAUUCAACAUAGUUUCUAUGUCACUUAAAGAUAUUCACUUUUGUCCUGAGCCGCUAUUAGAGAACAAUACUUUUAAAAAGAAAGCUGUAAACCCCAUGGAGAAGUAGGCUGAAGAAAUUAUUUUUGGAUUUUGUCAAUUGAUAGCCGAAUGUUUCUUGACGUUGAUUGGGGCAGAUAGGCAAAUAAUAUCCAUCUCUCCCAAGGGGGUCCAGAGGUCAGAUUCUUUUCUUCUCUUUGUCAAAUCUAACUAGUGCAAAACAGCAUUACAGUAAUGCUUGUUCAUGAUGUUGGUGAAUUGGAACAAGGUAAAUGGUAAGAUGCUUUUAAAAAUCAUUCGUUCCUUGCAUAUUUUUAUGUCUGGGUGGCAGUAACCUACUGUAACAUACGUCCUUGUUUCCUUUCAUAUCAUUUGAAGGAAGUGUGUUCCAUAGCUUUUGUUUUUGCUUUUGGAGAAGGUGAAUCUGUGGAAAAGGCAGUAGGAGUCUGACAUCAGUGGACCACAGGUUUUUAUAGGGGAAUGAGGUAAACCAGUUUGAAAUCUGUCAUUCUCUUUUUGCAAUCAGAGGACAGAAGCCCAGAUAGGUAGAUGUUCAAGCCAUUUUUGCUUCAAAGUUCAACCAUUUAACUUAAAAUACAGUCAUCCCCUAAAAGCAAAAUAUUGCAGAUGCUCGGGAUCUGAAAUGAAAAACUGAAAAUGCUGGAGAAAUUCAGGCCUGGUAGAAUCUGUGGAGAGAGAAACAGUUAAGGUUUUGAGUCCACUCUGAUUCCUCUUCAGAACUCUCCAAACUAUCAAAACUUUAUUUGUAUGAUUCACAUUUUUCACCCCAACAUAAUUUGUCACACUGUCCUCUAUUACAAGUGGCAUUUUUUUUUUUAAGAGCAUUAUCUUGAAUUCCUCAGGCUAGAUAUCCUAAAGUGCUCUUUGUAAAAAAAAAACAAAGAGACCUUUCAAAUUAAAUUUUUAGCUGAAGUCAGUCAGUGAAAGAAUUGCACAUCACCUGAUCACAACAUUAUCAUGUUGGAAUGGCAUUUGAGCGAGGGAUGCAGUUUUACUUGACUGUAGGAAUACAAAACAUUUAGACUGCCAACUUCAUUUAGAGGAGAAAAUGUGGUAAUUGUUUACAGGAGGUAGUUCAAGACCGUUAUAGACUGUUCCUUGAAGCAAAGUCAGCAGCAAGCCUCUCUGUACAAUUCAUUAGUAACAUUAUAGCAACCUGAUUUGACCAUUCCUUAUGUGACAUCAACAGCAUUUAAUUAGACAGUGCAAUGUAUCCAUUUAUACUUAUGUAUCUUGAUUUAGAAUCACGAUAAGCAGUUGGAAGUUGCACUUAAUGAGACAAAAACGACUAUUAUUUGCAGGAAUGUGAGAACCCUUUUCUUAACUUCCAGAAGUUAUCAGGAUUUGUUUUAAUAUUGAACAGUUGCCCAGAACUAAUUGUAACUUGAGUUCACUUUGUUUUGUCAAGGCUAUGUGUUUGCACUGUGUAUUUUGUUUCAUCAAGAUGAGUGUUUAUUAUGCAGAGGGAAUAAUGAGGCAGAAAUCUGCUGAGUCCAGUGAUUGAAUUGACCCUAACUUAAAAAUCUGCUGUGUUGACCUGUAUGGGACAUUCCAGUGACUCAUUCCUAAGGAUUUUGUGCCCAGUUUAAAGAAAGACAUGGUAAUUUGAAAAUGUAAACAGUUUUUGUAAAAGCUUCAAUUUUACCCAAGCAAUGCAUUUCAAGCAGAAGUGUACUAGGAAACUGGACUGCAGGGAGCAGAAAUGAACCUUACACUGGCCACAUUACUGUAAAUGUGUUGCCAAGUCUUUAUUUUUGUCAUUUGGGUAUUUACUUUGUUAAUCCCAGGGACAUUGAAAGUUUUAUUCUGAAAGUCAGUUUCACUGAAGUGAGGUUUCAGAGACUUCUGUAACAUGCUUGAACAUCAUUGAGGUGGAAAUUGAAUAUUGGAGUCACAGAAAGCAAGUGCAAAAAUCGUGUUACCAAAAGUAAUGCCUCACCUUUGGGAUCCUCAAUGACAAUGGCAGUUUAGAAGGUGAAAAAAAAAACUUUUCAAGAGUACUAACACAGAUAUCUUCAGAGCAAAUUUGCUUCAGUUCAGGUAGAGACAGGGGCAGGAGGGAGUGAAAAGAUUUAAAGUGUCAAAUGGAAACUUUGCCAGAAUACCUGGAAAGCUGCAGGGAAUUUCUCUAAAUGUACCAGAUAGCACUGGAAGCAUUUCUUGGGCUUCCUGCCCCAAGUAUGUGAAGAUGGAAAUGAACAAAUGUCAGCUGUUCAAAAAAUGAUUUUUCCAAUUUUGCUUGCCUCUAAUAAUAAGUGAUGGAAAGGGGCAUUUCUCUCUUUCAGAUAAUGUUAUUAUUCUUAAAUGAUGCACAGUAUCUAAGAAGCAUUUGAUGCCUUGAAACUUGACUGGGUCAAUAAUUUUCAGGAAUGCUCAUGUUUCAGCAAGUUUGAAUUUUCUUUUGGCAAUAGUCUCUUAAUGACAGUAUUUGCCAGGAUUUCUAACUUUUGUACAUGCUUUCCCUAGCUGAAUUGUGAUUCUAGACCCUGUUUUCUUUUGAUUUCUAAUUGUUAGAAUUUGAUCUGUAAAUAUGUCAUCCGUACACUGGCAGUCACAAUUUAACUGAUGCUUUGAAAAUAGAACAAAUUGGUACACAAAAGCCAUCUUUAAAAAUGUACAUAUGUACACAACAUCCUUUGGUUUCAUGUUCUACAUUGCUAACAUUGACAGUGCAGCUUACUUUUAUAGUUUCCUUAAUAUAGGAAGAGUUCCGAAGGUGUUUAAUGUGAUCCACAGUGAUCCAAAAAAGGACAAUUAAGAGGAGUGUCUAAAAUUUUGAUCCACGAGGCACAUUUUAGGGAGCAUCUUAAAAAUGGCGAGGAUGUUGAAGAGGUUUAAAUGUUAGAUAGUUAAAAACAUUGGUGUCAGUGAUGGAGUGGAGUUCUUGGAGCUUGAUAGAGCCUGAAGCAGUACAGAGGCAGGAUAGUGAGACCAAAAGGGAAUUUGAACAGAAGGAUGUAGAUGUUAAAAUGGAUCCCUAGUGGAUCAUGAAUCAAUAUGGGUCAGUGAGUACAGGGGUGAGUGGGAUAUGAGUUGGGGUAUGAUGAGUGUUUGUUUGGUUUAUGGAGUAUGGAAAGUUGGUAAGGUGAGAACUGAAAUAGUCAAGCCCAGAGUGACAAGUACAUGGCUGAGGCAUCAGCAGUGGAUAAAUUUGAGGCAAGAGUAGCGACACGUGAUAUUAUGAAGGAUCCUUUCAUGAUGAUGAGAAAAGACGGUCAGAAGCUUGGUUUGGGGUGAUUGAGAUUGCACACUACCUAGUUGAGCCUGAGAUACUGUUAGGGAUAGGGAUGAAAUGAAUAGUGAUGAUUCUCCUUUUAGUUGUUGUGCUUGGACAGGAGCUAGUAGUCAUCUGUCUUCUAUUGGAAUUUGUUCUUCUUGGGACUAUGUUUUUCUUAAGAAACCUUCUCUCAAGUGGCUAGAAUGAAGCCAAUUUACACACAUACCUAUGUUAGUUAAAUGCAGAAUUUCACUUGGCUGCUCAUCCUGCAUCAUUUAAUCAAUAACAAAUAAAUCCACUAAGUAGGUUUUACUGCAUUUUUAAAAAAGAUAAACUGGCUCACUUCCAAAUACACAACAGGUAGAAACUAACUUCUACACGUGCUGCACUUUAUUUCUAUCCUCCAUAUUAGCAGGCCAGUUUUUGGUAAUGUAACAGAUUAUUUCCCAUGCUCCUUCCUCUCUCCACCAUGACAAUGCUUUUUAAUGAAAAUGUGCUUUGCAGUUUAUUUUAUAGUGAAUGAAAAAUAUUUUGUCGUCUUUAUAUGAUCACAAGCAAAUCGCAUGAUGCUUUCUAAUGCAUUCUUAUCUGCCAGACUGUUGUCAACAAUAAAGUGGUUAGGUAGAGAAGGUAUGUUAUCAGCGAUUUCUUGCAAACGUUUAGGGUUUUUGAGGUCACUUUCAAGUUGCUCAUUCAUCAUGAAAUCAGGCUGAUUUAUCUUGUGAAAGGCAGAAGUCUGGCUUUCUUUUAAACAUUUUACAUUUUCAAGAAGUGUUAGAUGCAUGCUCUUACUAUUCCUGUUGCUGAUAUGCUUUGUGGAGCAAUUGAAUGCAAAUGUCAGAAAAAAGCUGAGAUCCUGUGAUAUACCUUCUGUUGUGAUAGCUUUCUGAUGCAACCAUUUUCAUUUGGAAGCAUCUCUUACACUUAAGAUGUGACAAGUGAUCUUUUGGCACAAUAGUAUGAGGUGUGCUCAUGAAGUCUUGAGGGAAAUUGAGGGCAAGAGUUUCCGAUGUCAAAUGAUUAAAAUUCUGUUGAGUUUAAACAAAAUCAGCACUUUAGCAACUGUCCGUCCAUGUGUUUUUCCAGUACAUUUUGCAAGGAAAUGUCCGAGCUGAAGUGAACUUUUACUGUGCGUAAAACUCCUAUUUAAAUUACAAGUAGGUAACUGUUCUCAGUGCGUUCUUUGUGCAUUUUGUGAUUGGCCAUGCAUUGCAAUGAAAGCUAUGCUCUUUGUGUGAAUAAUAAGCCAAUUGCUAACAAAUAGCCCUUGUGUAUGAGACUCGAUGCAGAAAAAGCUUGUCAAGUUCCCAGUAUGUUUUGUUCCUAAGCCCAUGAGUUGAAACCUAUGGGGAGGGGGAAGAGAAAAGAAGAAAUAAUAACAAUCUGCAUUAUUUUCCUCUAGUUUCUACCCAGUGUUUAGUAUCCCACCUUUGCCACCCAUUUUUCUUCUGCUCAAGCCUCUCUCUGCGGCCACCAGGAAGCAAUCUGACCAAAAGGGACACUUUAAAAAUAAUCAAGAAUGUAAACUUGUGUAAAGAGUGUCUCCAAUGUUUUCCAGUCUUCUGUCCUCAAGAAUCUGCGUUGGUUUUUCAAGAUUGUUACUAUUGAAAGUUAAUGAAGAGCUUAAGAAAUUGAAAUGAUUCGUUAUUUUUAUCCUGGCCUAUUUAUUACUGUGAGAAGAGGUGUAUCUAAUCACAAGAAGCAACAACAAUGCACAGUCUUAAUGACUUUUAUGUUAAAUAUUUUUUGUCUCCUGCCCAACCCCACUGCACAUGGAGGGGAAAGAGAGCAGGGGUGAGGAAACUGGAAGCAUUUAUGGUUAUACUGAGCACAUCCGUCCAGAUAUGUUUUUUUUCUUGUCUUCAGUGAAUCUGUCCAAGUCGUUCUGAAGGAAGUCUUUUUCUUAGCCACAUACUCCUGCCAAUGGCAUCCCCAACAUGAGGGUUUGAGGCGGGUAGUAAUCAAUUCAAGCACUCCAAAGCGAAUCCCAUUGCAUCUUCGUAAUUAUUGAAGUGUAGUUCUUGGAUUUUUGAAAAUAAAUCUUAAUAUAUAUUUUUCUGCUAUGCAGAACUUUGCAAGAGAUUUGAAGCUAUAAAUUGUAAAGGUCUUUAGAAAGUCAUCUACACCAGGUGACGCUAUUGUUGACUUUGUGUUUUGCAGUCCUUUGCAUCAGGUUAGAUUGUUUGCCCCUUACAAACCUCUGUAUGUCUAAGGUCUGCUUUAAUUUCACCUGAAAGUAAAGGGGAGAAAAUAUUAUUUAAUACACUGAUAGUGUGUGAAUUAUAAAUUGUAGAGAGGGAGGGAAAAAGUACAUGUCUGCUAUGAAAAUUUGUCUGUCAACAGUACUCAGUAUGGCAAAGGUCAGUCAUGUUGGCAAAUUAUCAUUCACUGUUUAAAUGGUUGCUGUUUGUUGACUUUGGAGCUUGUUCAUAUGCUUGUGCCAUAAAAACAAUGAUUUUUUUUAGUCCAGUAUGAUGUCUUUUGAACAGUUUCAUUACCUAGAUCAUCUGGACCUGAGAUGACACUGAACUAACUAGCAUCCAUUUGUCAAAUGGUAGCUAACUUGACCCUGUGUUUCUAAUGCAAAUGUGAGUUGCGUAGUUUUCCCAAUUAGUGUACCACUGUACAGGUUAAUGUACUAACGUAAUCAUGUUUCAUCAUGCAUGGUACAGAAAGGUUCAAGUAUAUAUGUUGUCAUAAAAAUAAAAAUGAAUAUAAACCAAA